CCCAUACAUUUCCUUCACUCUCCUUCUCUCUCUACCAUUCACUACAUUUCAUCCUUCUCUUCCACUUUCAUUUUCUAAAGCUCUCGAAGAUAAAAAUGGCAGGAGGCGGUUUCGGCCCCAGCGCCGGCGCCGGCGGCAAGCAAUACCCAGGCAACCUAACGCCUUACGUCGUGGUCACGUGCAUUAUCGCCGCCAUGGGCGGCCUCAUCUUCGGCUACGACAUCGGAAUCUCUGGUGGAGUGACGUCGAUGGAUUCGUUUCUGGAGAAAUUCUUCCCGUCGGUGUACAGGAAGCAGAAGGCCGACGAUUCGACGAAUCAGUACUGCAAAUUCGACAGCCAGACGCUCACGAUGUUCACCUCGUCGCUGUAUCUGGCGGCGCUGUGCUCGUCGCUGGUGGCGUCGACGGUCACCAGGAAGCUAGGGCGGAAGCUGUCGAUGCUCUGCGGAGGCGUGCUCUUCUGCGUCGGCGCGCUCAUCAACGGCUUCGCUAAGGCUGUUUGGAUGCUCAUCGUCGGCCGGAUUUUCCUCGGAUUCGGCAUCGGAUUCGCCAAUCAGUCUGUGCCACUAUACCUCUCUGAAAUGGCCCCUUACAAAUACAGAGGAGCUCUCAACAUUGGCUUCCAACUCUCAAUCACAAUAGGCAUCCUAGCAGCCAAUGUGCUGAACUACGGGUUCGCCAAGAUCAAGGGCGGGUGGGGCUGGCGGCUGAGCUUGGGCGGUGCGAUGGUGCCGGCCCUCAUCAUCACCGUGGGCUCCCUAAUCCUCCCGGAGACGCCCAACUCCAUGAUCGAGCGUGGCCAGAGCGAGGAGGCCCGGUCCAAGCUCCAGAGGAUCCGAGGCAUAGACAACGUGGACGAGGAGUUCAACGACUUGGUGGAGGCCAGCCAAGCCUCGAGCAAGGUCGAGCACCCGUGGAGGAACAUCCUGCAGAGGAAGUACCGGCCACAUUUGACGAUGGCCAUCGCCAUCCCCUUCUUCCAGCAGCUCACCGGCAUCAAUGUCAUCAUGUUCUACGCCCCGGUCUUGUUUAAAACUAUCGGGUUUGGUAGUGAUGCAGCCCUCAUGUCGGCUGUGAUCACCGGUGGUGUCAACGUUAUAGCUACCGUCGUCUCAAUUUACUAUGUUGAUAAGUUAGGGAGGAGGUUCCUUUUCAUCGAGGGUGGUAUCCAAAUGCUUGUUUGUCAGGUCUGUGUAGCGAUCUUCAUCGCGAUCAAGUUUGGCGUGGACGGGCAGCCAGGGGAGCUGCCUAAGUGGUACGCGAUCGUGGUUGUGCUCUUCAUAUGCAUCUAUGUGGCCGGGUUCGCGUGGUCAUGGGGGCCGUUGGGGUGGCUCGUGCCUAGUGAGAUCUUUCCAUUGGAGAUCCGGUCGGCCGCCCAGAGCCUCAACGUGUCGGUGAACAUGGUGUUCACUUUCGCGGUGGCGCAGAUCUUCAUGACCAUGCUCUGCCACUUGAAGUUCGGGCUGUUUUUGUUCUUCGGGUUCUUCGUGAUGGUGAUGACGGUGUUCAUCUACUUCUUCCUCCCGGAGACAAAGAACAUUCCGAUUGAGGAGAUGGUGGUUGUGUGGAAGCAGCAUUGGUUCUGGUCCAGGUUUAUGAGUGAUGUGGAAUAUGGUAAUGGAAGUGUUGAGUUGAAGAAGGGAGGAGGCGAUACCUAUCAUAAAGUAUGAUGAAUGUGGUCUAGGUUAAAUUUAGUUUGGUUUUAAUCAAGAUGAAAAUAUUGAAAUUAUUAUCACUCUUUAUGCUAUUUAGAGCUUGUUUUUCAGUAGAUGAUGUCUUGUUCAUGUGAUUGCAAUGUAAUGUAGUAAUUCUUGAAUUAAAUUGGUGUUCAUUAUUCCUUUGA